AUGGGUGUGUGCAAGCAGCUCAACUAUCAUGGAUGUAUUUUUCAAGGCUACCGGGGAAUAUCCAAGGAAAAGAGCAGCAGUGGUCUAAGGAUUUUCAGGCGAUGCUGGUUGGUUUUCAAGAAAGCGUCUAGCAAAGGACCCAGAAGGUUAGAAAAAUUUCCAGAUGAAAAAGCGGCUUAUUUUCGAAACUUUCACAAGGUAACCGAGCUUCACAACAUCAAAAAUAUAACGAGACUGCCUCGAGAAACGAAGAAGCACGCCGUGGCAAUUAUCUUCCAUGAUGAAACGUCGAAGACAUUUGCCUGCGAGUCAGAGCUGGAGGCGGAGGAGUGGUGCAAGCACCUGUGCAUGGAGUGUCUGGGCACGCGGCUCAACGACAUCAGCCUGGGGGAGCCCGACCUGCUGGCAGCCGGAGUGCAGCGGGAGCAGAACGAACGAUUCAAUGUGUAUCUUAUGCCUACGCCGAAUCUGGAUAUUUAUGGUGAAUGCACAAUGCAGAUCACUCAUGAGAAUAUCUAUCUCUGGGAUAUCCACAACGCCAAGGUCAAACUGGUGAUGUGGCCUCUCAGCUCCCUGAGGAGAUACGGUCGGGAUUCCACGUGGUUCACCUUCGAGUCGGGCAGAAUGUGUGACACAGGAGAAGGACUAUUCACUUUUCAAACAAGGGAAGGAGAAAUGAUCUAUCAGAAGGUGCAUUCUGCGACACUGGCCAUAGCUGAGCAACAUGAGAGAUUAAUGCUAGAGAUGGAGCAGAAAGCCCGGCUGCAGACAAGCUUGACUGAACCAAUGACUUUAUCCAAAUCCAUCUCUCUUCCUCGUAGUGCGUACUGGCACCACAUCACACGUCAGAACAGUGUUGGAGAAAUCUACAGUUUGCAAGGUCAUGGGUUCGGUCCAUCCAAGAUGUCUCGUGCACAGACAUUUCCCAGCUAUGCCCCGGAACAGAGUGAAAAUGCCCAGCCCCCAUUGUCAAGGUCCAGCAGCUACGGGUUCAGCUACAGCUCCAGCCUCAUUCAAUGACACACAGGGGCCACUGCUGACCAGAGAGACAGUCUGUCCUGGACCUGCCUGCAGGGUCACCACACCCUCCGCCCCCCAGAAGACCAACUGCAGAACACAUUGACGUGGGUCAGGUCUAGCCUCGAUCCCAAUGGAAGGUUAAAAAUUGGAGUUCUGCUUCCUUGCUUCAGUGGCUAAGUCCUUUAUUUAUUGAAUUUCUAUGGGGGAAAUCUAUGUUUUACAAAAGUAGAAUCCAAGUCGUACGCACAGUCAUUUAAAUACACUAAAUUCAUAGGGUCUGACAGGAGCAGCAACCUUGGCCCUGGGGGAGAUGCCCGCACUGGCAGGGACUGCAGGCGUUUACGCCCACCCCUGGCCGCACAUCUAGGAGCAGGGUCUGUCCUGAGACAAAGCUCACCCACCACUAGUUCUGCGGCUUUUUUCGGUUUUGACAGAGACAAAUCUAGUCAACUCUACAAAUCGUAUUUUAACUCUUCAUAUAAAUAAGCCCAGUGACAAUGAUAAGGGAACCUGAAAUUAGAACACUCCAUGAAGCAGGACCGCAUCGCUCUACUGUGUGUGUGUACGCGUGUGUGUAUGUGUGUGUGUAUGUGUGAGAGUGUGUGGAGACAAAUGUAGACGUGGAUAUAUUGCUCUAUCCAUCUCUGUAUAACAAGCCUACAUCAGCGUGCUAACGGUGGCAGGAGGUGCUUGCCCAGCUGUUGAGGGCUGCAUCUGUGGCAUUGAAAUCAUGGCUGUGUGGUUGAAUAGCCCUUCGUAAAGUCGUGCUGCUUUCUUCUUUUUUUUAAAAAAAAAAAAAAAGGUUUCUUACUAGUGAACGUAUUUCUGUUGUCUGGUUUGCUCCUGUGACAAGAGUUAAGUGGAUACGUUAGAAGGAGAGAAUGUUCUGGAGACACAAAAGGCAGCCUGGGCGUCUCACACACACACACACACGCACGCACACGCACGCACGCACCUGUCUGGUUUGUGCUCCCUUGUCCUUGACUCUGUCUCUCCUUGCCACCCACCCGAGCUGCGUGAGGCAGAUCUGUGUGACCGUCGAUCACCUUCCACAGACUUCCAGAAAACCUCACUCGUUUUUGCCAUCAGGCUUAGAACAGACGCAGGAAAAUCAAUAGGAAGUCUGAGAAUUUUCCAGAGCCCUUUCCCCAGAGCCAUCAGAGGCUUAGAAUACCCUGGAGAGCCAGGACCUGGUAGCAUUGAGAUUUUUUUUCCUUGUAUUGGACUUGUUUUGUCUGAAAUUAUAUAAGAAAAGGGAUCACAUGUAAAAUUUUCAGCCCUGACACAAAUGACAACUUUGCAAGGUUCAAGAGGAAGGAGCAACUUCCAUGUGAACAGAGAAACUCAUGCUGGCCUUUAGUUUAGGCAGUAAAAGAGAAAUAAAAAUAAAAAUUCUUCUGUGUGGAUCCUCUGCUACCAUGUGUCCUAUGAUUAUCUUACAUCGACUCUGGGGUGAGUUCAAAGACCAGGCAGAACUGGGCAGGCGCGAUGACAAGUUGACCCUAUUUGUUCAAACAGCAGUGUGAUUUUCACUAGCACGGUGAGUCUCCUGAAAGGGUCUCUUUUUUCACUGAUCCCUGAUCACAUUUUUCCUCCCCUUUGCAAUUCAUGUCAGUAAAUUCCUACUGCAGAAAAAUGGCCCUGUCUUUGUCCUGACCAAUCGGCCCCCAUGGCAGCCAAGAGAACUCUCCAGAUCACUCACAUAGGCAUGAAAACCCUGUCAAGACACUCAUCCUAAGCGUUAAUGUGGCUGUGACAAAUAAUUAUCCUCCACCUUUGGGAAUUGAGAGAGAGAGAGAGAGAGAGAGAGAGAAUGAGCCCAACUCUCUCUGCACUGUGAAUUCUGCGGACGCAGCAGAAAGCAGAUGAUGUCCACUUCCGAGGACACAGCCCUUCCUUCCCGGAGCCCAGCUUUCAGGGUUAAGACCUCUGAUGCUCCUUUACCUAAAGGUCACAUUUGCUUUAGGAGUACCAUGAGUCAAGUGCUC